CUACUAAACCAAUACAGUCGACCAAGAAGGAAGGCAUCGGGAGUACCGAAGACCGACUGAAGAAGAAGAAAGUGGAGUGUGAUUGCCCAGUGUUAAAUGAUUUUUGUUCAGUUCUUGUUCUUUGCUCAGUAAUUGUUAUUAAAUAUGGAGAUCACUUGUAGACGGAUUGUCGCGUUUGCAGUGAUUUUUGUGUUUUGUUUUAGCCAUAAUACAGUUAGAAGUCAAAAAAAAGCAGACGGUGACAAAAAGGAAGAAUUUGAGUGUCCGCAAAGCACAGGAAAUGGCAACUACGCGGAUCCUGCAACGUGCAAAAGAUUUUAUCAGUGCGUGGAUGGAUAUCCCUACGUGAACAGAUGUCCUUCUGGACUAUAUUUUGACGACAUCGCCAAAUACUGUACCUUUAAGAACGAAGCAAGGUGUGGACCUCUAGCUGCAACUCCUCCUCCAGUAACAGAAGAACCGACAGACCUAGCUACAAAAUGUGACCCAGAAAAAUGUAACUUACCAUAUUGUUUUUGUUCCAAAGAUGGUACGUUAAUUCCAGGAGGAUUAGAUCCAGAAGAUACUCCGCAAAUGAUACUCCUAACUUUCGAUGGUGCUGUAAAUUUAAACAACUACGACCAUUACAGAAAAGUGCUCAAUCACAAACGGCAGAACCAAAACGGAUGUGACAUUAAAGGAACCUUCUUUGUAUCACACGAGUACAGUAAUUAUCACAUGAUACAACAACUGGCCAGCGAGGGUCAUGAGAUAGCUACCGAAACAAUUUCUCUCCAAAGCGGCUUAGAAAACAAAGGGUACGAAGAAUGGGUUGGAGAAAUGGUUGGAAUGAGAGACAUAAUUAAACAUCUGUCUAAUAUAUCUAAAAGUGAUGUCGUAGGAAUGAGAGCGCCAUUUUUGAAGCCAGGUCGAAAUACGCAGUAUAAGGUUUUGGAAGAAUUCGGAUACAUCUAUGAUAGUUCCAUUGGUGCUCCAGCUUUACCAAUACCAGUAUGGCCUUACACGUUGGACCACAAGAUUCCUCAUGAAUGCAAAUCUGGAACGUGUCCUACAAAAUCGUUCCCAGGUGUUUGGGAAGUCCCUUUGAACACGCACUACGUCGAAGGUUUUGAAGGAGGUCAUUGCCCUUAUUUGGACCAAUGCGUAUUACACAACCACGAUGCCGACGAUGUCUUCGAGUGGUUACAGGAAGAUUUUCUGAGGUAUUACGAUCAAAAUAGAGCCCCGUACAUGAUGCCUUUCCACACCAACUGGUUUUCCAUUAAAGAAUUGGAGCAGGGUUUGCAAAAGUUCUUAAAUUGGGUGCCAACUUUACCUGACGUGUGGUUCGUAACGAUCACCCAAGCUCUCACAUGGAUGACGGACCCGAAACCCGUCAGUCAGCUCAAAAAUUACGAACCCUGGGACUGCAAAAAACGAGAAAACCUAGUCCCGAAGCCGUGCAAGAUCCCCAACAAGUGCGCGUUGGCUUUCAAGCGACCAGAACUAAACAUCACUGACACUCGGUAUCUCGAAACCUGCAACGACUGUCCGAACCAGUACCCGUGGCUGGACGACGCUACAGGCUCAGGGAUUCCUGGAAAAGAUAAUUAUGUUCCAGAUAACGUGAGAAAGUGAUGCUCACUUUGAAAAGCUCGUGUGGUAAAGCGAACCCGAAUAGAGAAUAUAUACACCAUUAUGUCGCAUUUUUCGCUUCGACGUGAUCGUUUAAAAACAGCUAGAUUUUAAAGCAGUAGCGUGUACGAUUAGUUGUUUAUACGAUUGGUAAUCACAAGCCAAUUCACCAGCAGCGCGGCGCUACUGACACUGUUCCAGUGUAAUGUUACCAAAGCGAUUGAUAACAGCAGAUAGUGCGCAUCUUGACUUAAUGGUAUCUUCUCUAUUCGGGUUCGCGGCUAGUCGAGGCGAUCAAGCAAGUUUUUGUAGUCACAGUUUAUCCAAAAAUAAUACAAUUUAUGUAAAAGAUAAAUGUAUUAAGGUAAGUUGGGGUAAAUGCAACAGGUUUUUCGAAUAGUUACAUUACAUCUUAAAAAUAUUGAACAUUUAAGGAUAAAAUCUGCUAAUUUUUCCUUGUUAAGUAUAACUAUCUAUAAAAGUAUUUAUAGCUGAAUAAUACAUUUAUCCCAUUAUUACAUUUACCCCAGCUUACCUUAAUUAUAUUUUUUUCAGAAAGAGUGUGAAUGGUAAGAAUAUUGUGUCCCUAUUUAUCUACCAAUUUUUUCCUGUUUAUCUCUUCUAACUUUUGCUUUAUUAUCUCUCUCUCUCUCUCUUUCUCUCUCUUUCUACUGUUUGUUACAUACAUGUUUUUCCAAAUUUUUCUAUAUUCAUUUAGGAUUUAAUUUAUAAAUAUACUCGAGGAUAACACUGUGAAAUUUAUUUUAAAGAAAAUGAAGUAGAUUUUAUCACAUCUUCCAGUUUGAGCAUCUACAUAUAUAGUUUUAGAUCGUGGCGACACUUUUUUUAUUUAUACAUCUAUCGAAAUAAAUUAUAAAAUGAUAUUGAAAAGAAAAAAUGUUUUAGUGUUCAAUUUUUGAUAUAGAUAGAUUUAUAUUGUCAGGAUUUUCCCAGCAGAUAGUUUAUUGAAAAACAAAGAUAGUUUUUCCAAUAACACAUUGUCCAAUUUUGUUUUCUUUAAAAAAAUAUAUUUUUAUUACUAUCUAAAACCUCCCUGUAUAAGGAAUUUAUGAGAAGUUGCCACGACCCCCCCCCCCCGUGGGUUCUGCAAGAUAUUUAUAAUUUUAAAUAUGUAACGCCCCCCACCCUUCGUAAAAAUGUAUAAAUUAUUUAUUAUUAUACAUAUUAAAAUAAAAUAAAUUAAAAAAAACAAUGUAAUUUAUUUAUUGAAUUUUUUAUAUAUUUUUUAAUUUAAAUUGCUUGAUUUGCAUUUUUUACAGGAC